CAAUUCAUGUUUAUUCACUUAAUUUCCCAGACAAAGAAACAAAACGCGCCCUUAGGGUUCGUACUUCCUACAGUAACACUCUCUGGAAAGCUCGCUAGGCUCUCGCAACCGGCGUUAGGUUUUCAGAAAUCCAGUUCACCUCUCCUCAUUCGAGGUUUCUCCCAAUCCUGAUAUAGGUUUCUUGUUCUUUUCAUUCCAUUGCUCGAGCAUUUCUCUUGCAGUGAAGUCCCAGCACUUUGCAUAGCUAUGGCUGUUGCUGAACAAGUUGUGAGCAUUGAUUCAGCAUCCUCUCUGAUAGAACAACUUGGCAGGGCAUUUCGUGAUCUGGAAGCUUUCAAGGGUGCUUCUGAAAACAAUGUUCAGUGGCUGGAAAUUGAAGAGCACUUCGGCAACCUUGAGACAAUGGUCAAGAAGAAAUCUGAAGAGCUAGAAGCCAGGGAAAAGGAAUUUGAUGCGCAAGAAACUGAAAUGCAGUCAGUGAUUGCCGAGAGGGAGGCAGCUGUUGCUGCUAAAGAGCAGGAUUUGUUAGAUCAGAUCCAGGAGGUAAAAGAUGCAGCUGUUGCUGCCAUUGCAGAGGCACGAGCGAAAUACCAGCCCACAACCUCAGAGCCUGUGGAUGAUGUGGACAACAAUGAAACCAAGGUAAGCAGCUCUCUUGGUGACACAAAUGAACUUCUUACUGCUUCAGAGGAGAAAUCCCCUCGUAAAACUGGGGAAAAUGUUGAAGGCAUACCUGUCGAGGUUAAGCCUCGUGCAGAGCUUACGCAAUUUUGCGAGCAGAUGGAUGCAAAAGGGCUUCUGAAUUUCACUAUGGAGAAUCGAAAAAAUUUAUCUGCCAUCCGUGAGGAACUUUCUGUUGCACUGGAAAGUGCAAUGGAACCAGCCCGAUUGGUGCUGGAUUCACUUGAGGGGUUCUACCCUUCUGAUCAAACCACCCAACAAGGGGACAAGAAGGAUGCUGCCCUUCAGGGCAUGCGCCGAUCCUGUCUUAUGUUUUUGGAAGCCAUGGCUGCCUUAUUGGCAAGGGCUGACCCAGGUGCUGAUCACCUUCUGAACCCUGAAACCAAGCAGCAAGCCAAGGCAAUUGCUGAUGAGUGGAAGCCUAAGUUGGCUGGUGCAGGCAUUGAUGCUGCCAAUGGAAAUUCAUUGGAAGCAGAAGCAUUCUUGAAGCUCCUCGCAACUUUUAGGAUUGCUUCGGAGUUUGAUGAAGAAGAACUCUGCAAGCUUGUUCUUGCAGUUGCUCGCCGCAGGCAGGCACCUGAGCUCUGCCGUUCUCUUGGGUUAACACACAAAAUGCCAGGUGUCAUUGAAGUAUUGGUCAAUGGUGGGAGACAAAUUGAUGCUGUACAUUUUGUCCAUGCCUUUGAGCUUACUGAAAGAUUCCCACCUGUUCCCCUCUUAAAAACAUACCUGAAGGACUUGAGAAGAAACUCGCAAGGGAAGGGUGGGAACAUGGGAGGAGCUGGUGGAGGACUGGGUGAUGCAAAUGCACAAGAACUUGCAGCACUGAAGGCUGUUAUAAGGUGUGUUGAAGAGUACAAACUUGAAGCAGACUAUGCACUUGAUCCACUUCAGAAAAGGGUUGCUCAACUUGAGAAGUCAAAGGCUGAUAAGAAGAGGAUGGGAGAAGCUGGAAAAUAUCAACAACCAAAGAAGCAACGUGCCAAUGGAGGAUUCCAUGGAUUCCGAGGGUCUGCGUCUGGAGGUGCAGCUGCUGGCAGGCAGGCUCCACCUGUUUUUAGUGAGAGGGCAGCUUACACGGUGGAAAGGUAUCCAUAUGCUGGUCCUGGUCCUGGUCCAAAUACUUUCGAUUAUCCCCUUCCCAGUCAAGCAGCUUAUAUUCAGCAAGCUAAUGAUCAAAGAUCAUACUUCUAUCCCCAAGAUGACAGGGUUCCUCCAUCCUCUUACAAUGCUGCUCCAUCAAAUUAUGGGAGUUACAUGGGCAGCGGGUUGCAGUCUUCACACCAACCAUACAUGUAAUCUGCAUAUUCUAGUAUCUUAGGAAGUCAGUAUAGUAGAGAUGGACUAAAAGAUUUAGAUUUUUUUCCCCUUUUUUGGUUAGUGCCUAAUUCCCCAACAAACAUUUGAAAGGAAAAAAAGGGGUGGGCAGCUGACUUCGUACUGUUCUGUUUUGAACCAUAUCAUGUUCAGGUUGGUAAUUACUUCUGCGAAAGUAACAAAACAUCAUUUUGUAAUGAAGUCUAGUAUUGCGGAGGAAAUGAGACCUCUUUCUCUUAACGGUAAAA